AUAACCUAAAAAUGUCAAACAAUAAACAACUUUUUGUAACGGUAGGGACAACAAAUUUCGAUAAAUUAAUCUCAACAGUCCUCCAAGACGAUUUUCUCACCACGUUAAAAUGUUUAGGGUUCAAAAAAUUAAUCCUUCAAUUCGGAACGGGAAAAGUUCCAAAAAAAGACUUCCCUGAUAUUGAAAUCGUAUUUGAACAAUACAUUGAAGAUUUUCAACAAGAAAUUAUUAAAGCAGAUUUGAUAAUAAGCCAUGCAGGAGCUGGAACUUGUUUGGAAGUACUCCGUCAUGGAAAACCAGCUGUUGUGGUUAUAAAUGAGGAUUUAAUGGAUAACCACCAAUUAGAAUUAGCUCGACAAUUAGAUAAAGAUGGAUUUAUUUAUUAUUGCACUUGCAAAGAAUUAAAUGAGUGUGUUAAAAAAGAUUUUGGGGGGUUAAAAAAAUAUUGUAAAAGUGAUGGGUUGAGUUUUGCUCGGUAUUUAGAUAAAUGUGUAGGAUUUGAAUGAUUUAAAAAAUAAAACAAUUUUAAUAUUCAAAA